CAUCCUUGCCUGUUGAAGCAGGUCAAACCUCCCAGUAGCAACUCACCGCUCGUCAACACCAAACGUAGUGCCAAAAGAUGUCUGCCGCGACGGUGCUGCGUGGGACCUGCAGGCACAACGACGAUCACAGACGCCUAUUCUUUCCGCCGCCCCCGUAGCAGAAUGUCGAUCUGUUAGAUGACUUUCUUGUUUAAAAAAUGCUUGACUCCCCGUUCUUUUGCUUCGCAUACACCUUCGUUGCUUGUUUUGACAUUCGUUCGUUAUGCGUGUUUCUUCUUCGGCCCUGUUGGCCACUUUACUUGCUGUUGCGGCAGCGAAGCCUGUGCCCGAAACACACGUUGUUCAUGAGAAGCGUGAUGUUGCUCAUCGCUUCACCACUUCCAGAUGGGUCAAGAGAGAUAGACUUGAGAAAGAUACUGUCUUGCCUGUCCGUGUUGGCUUGAAGCAGCAAAACCUCCACAAUGGUGCUGAGUGGCUUAUGGAUGUCUCGCACCCCCAAUCUCCCAACUUCGGACGACACUGGACACAAGACGAGGUCAUCGCCAAGUUCUCUCCUUCCAACGAGACGCUGACUACCGUUCGCGACUGGCUCGUGAAGAACGGUAUCUCUGACCGUAGAAUCACUCACUCCGACAACAAAGCCUGGUUUGCUUUCGAUGCCACUACCGAGGAGGUCGAGGAUCUGCUACACACUCAGUACCAUGAGUUCGAACACAGCUCUACUGGAAAUUACGUUGCAGCAUGCGACCAAUACCAUGUUCCUAAGCACAUUCAGGAACACAUUGACUUUAUCUCGCCUGGUGUCAAGGGUGCCAACCUUCGCAAGCGUGAUUCAAAGAAGGCCAAGCGUGGACUCAGAGGUUCACCGGCCCGCAAGCAGGCACCAUUUAUGCCCAAGAACGUCAGCUCUCUCGCCACCUGCGAUCAAGUCGUGACACCUGCUUGUAUCCAGGCACUCUACAAGAUCGCUCCCAACGACCCUCACGCGAAGGUCAGCCCCAACAACUCGCUUGGUAUCUUUGAAGAAGGCGACUUCUACGCUCAGGGAGACCUGGACCGCUUCUUUGGCAACUUCACACCUUAUAUCCCCAACGGCACUCAUCCAAUCCCAAAUUUGAUCGACGGCGCAAAGGCUCCUGUGAGCUUGCAGCUCGCUGGCGGAGAGAGUGACUUGGACUUCCAGCUUGCUUACCCUCUCAUCUACCCUCAGACCACAACUUUGUACCAGACUGAUGACAUCUACUACUCCUUCGGCAACGACCCCAACGCCACCGGACUCUUCAACACCUUCUUUGAUGCCAUCGACGGAUCAUACUGCACAUACUCCGCCUUUGGCGAAACCGGCAACGACCCCGUCCUUGACCCCAAGUACCCAAACACACACGCAAGCAACGGCUACAAGGGCGCUCUUCAAUGCGGCGUCUACAAACCCACAAAUGUCAUCUCCAUCUCUUACGGCGAGCAAGAGCAAGAUUUGCCUGCUUACUACCAACAACGCCAGUGCAACGAGUGGCUCAAACUCGGUCUGCAGGGCGUGUCCAUCUUCGUAGCUUCCGGCGAUACAGGUGUCGGCGGUAUCAGAGGCGACGGCUCAGUAAACGGCUGUCUCGGCUCCAACGCCACCGUCUUCUCCCCUACUCACCCCAACUCAUGCCCCUGGCUCACCAAUGUCGGCGGCACAAAAAUCUACCCCGGCCGUAGCGUCUAUGAACCCGAAUCCGCAGUCAACGACCCCGAGUCUGGCUACUCCUCCGGCGGCGGCUUCUCAAACCUCUUCGACAUCCCCGACUAUCAAGCUUCCGCCGUGAGCACUUACUUCUCCGCCCACGACCCGGGAUACAAGUACUACAGAAACGGACAAUACAACAGCACCGGAGGAGGCCUAUACAACCGCAACGGCAGAGGUAUCCCCGACGUCGCCGCCAACGGCGACAAUUUCGCCGUCUUCAACGCCGGCCGCUUCAUCCUCGAAGGAGGAACUUCCGGCUCCGCUCCCAUUUUCGCAUCCCUGAUCAACAGGAUCGUGGAAGAGAGGAUCAAGGUCGGUAAAGGUGCUUUGGGCUUUGUGAACCCGACGCUCUAUGAGCAUCCUGAGGUGUUGAAUGAUAUCGUCAAUGGCACUAAUCCUGGUUGUGGGACCAAGGGGUUUUCGGCUGUGAAGGGUUGGGAUCCAGUGACUGGGUUGGGCACGCCUGAUUAUCCUAAGAUGUUGGACUUGUUCAUGGGAUUACCUUGAUUACUGUGUAUCUUGUCUCAUUCGGAUAUCUGUUUGAUACGGUUUCUAUUUUCUACUCGCGUAAAAGCAUCAUUUGUAGCACGUAGUCAUUUACUUUCAGCAAACAUGGCGACAGUCUACUUUCUUUUUCUACCAAACAGUUGACAAUUUCCUGGUAGCAAUUGCUUUGUGCACGACGCGGUCGGCAGGAAAGUGUGUGGUGACUCUUGACGAGCCCAACAUUGGCACGCCUUACAUCGCCCUGAUUUGUUCUUGAUACUCAAGCUUGAUCUCGAGUCACAUG